ACUUGACAUUCACAGCCUGACUAUAACCUGACUAGGACUAGCCUGGACCAAGCUGGGCCAAGCCCACUCUCGCUUCCCUGUAAAAAUGUAAACAUUAAAUUCUUGCCGUGUGUGUUUGUUUGUGUUUUCAAGCGAAAAUAUUAUUUAAUAGAUUUUUGGCAAUGAGCAGCCAGUCAAAUAAUGUGGACGUCGGAUCAGCACCCAAGAAAAACAACUGUGCCACUCACCUAGUAGCUUUGACUUCCUCCAGCGGCUUGCCAAUUUUUACAAGGAAAAAGGGAGAUGGAGAGCCGCUAUCAUUUUCAACAAUUGGAUCACUGUACGGAAUGUUUACGUUUGGAAAAUCUGCAAACGCCACACUAGAAGUCACCAAAUCCCCUGACGGAAAAGCAAUUGUGUGGAAGGAAUACGCAGACUGUGUGCUACUGAUUCUGUGCGCUGAAAAUGCGAGUACGGAAGAGAUGAACAAGGUUUUGGAACUGACUUUCAGUGCCAUAGUGCUACGAGUCGGGCUGAGAGAAAUCAAAGAGCCAAGGAACCUCGAGCUUUUGAAACGAGAGCUGAAAAACAUUUACCCACUGAUUGACCGGAUUCUUGGCUUGGUGCAUGAAGUGGAAAAGUCAAACCCCUCGACUGACGUCCAUGGCCUACUUGAAUGCGCUUUGUAUGAAGAAAACCAGGUUUUGCAGGCUUAUUUGGAAACGCACGUUGAAAACAUGGCUUCGAUGUAUGGCUGCGUCAUGUUGCAUGGCAGGGUAGCAGUCGCCACUCCAAGCUGGUGGACCCUGACGCCAAUUGAGAGGUUGCUUUUGGCCCUGGCAACGCAGUAUGACACUCCUAGUGUGGCAAGAGACCUCCCCGUUUUCCUGCCUGACAAAAGCCCUGACGUUCCGUACAGACUGGUGAUGAGCCAGUUGAUGCCUGGCGUGGAAAUCUGCACUCUGUGCGGGCCGACGCCUGAGCUGCCUGAGGUGGAGGCGAUUGUCAACUUCACGUGGAAAAGCUGCUCGGAGGUGUUGAAGGGCGUGGUGGACUUCAAAAGUGUGCCUGACAGCCUGGUGCUGGACACCCACCUAAUGGGCCUGCUGCUUGUCAACGUGGAAGACUCAAAAUACGUUCUCUGCAACGAACCCAACACAGAAGCUGGCUCCAAGAAUAAUGGGCCCCCUGUUGCGCAUAGAACCAACAUUCUGAAAACGUUUUAUUCCACCGCGGCGCCAGUGCUCCAGCAGCAGGCCUUUUCUGGGACUCGAGAGACUGACCUGAUGGAUCCAAUAGAGGCGUUUUGGAGCUCUGAAUUUUACAAGUGCCACGCCAUUGUCUCCGGAGCAAAUCAACUUUUCAUACUUCUGCCCUCCAUGAUUCCAAGGCACCUUGCAAGUGCGAUUUCAAGGCAAACGCUGCAAGUGCUGCUCUCGGAAAAGAUGUUCUGCUGGUGACUGUCAACUGAUUUUCCUUAAACCAUCGAGAAAAAAUUGAAAUACGGUUAUGGGCUGUGUAAUAUGCAUUUAAAAUGACAAUUAAACUAUAUAUUUUCGAA